AUGAAUCACCCUUUUGCAACCGACGAAAGUGUCGAAGCCCCGCAAGACGCUGUCUGGAGCGAUUUCGUCCUUCAAUUCCUCUCAUAUAAUGCGCCGGCAAUGAUGAAUCCAUUGUUGAGAAACACCCUGGGAAACUUACUCCAGGGCUUCUUCAACACAAGCCAAGACUUCACGAUGCAAGGCCUUGUCAACGUGCUGGACGCUCGCUACAACGUGACUGGGUUGAUUCCCGACAAUUGCCUCGCUAUCAUUCGUAACAGUGCCAACAGCGCCGCCGAUCAAGACACCACGAUGCCGCAACAGCAGCCACCGAUGCUUCACCCGCCUCAGCCAACGCAAACGCCCGCCCUUCCCUACUCGUUCGCCAACGCACCUACGAUGCCGCCCGUGCCGUCCCAACCAACCCUGCCGUUCCCGCCGCCGCCAACAUUUCCAGCCCAACAGUCAGCCCGUAGACGCUGCUUCCCGCCUAACCUCAACCGCAGUGUCACGAUCAAAUGGCGCCAGAAAGACUGGGCGUACGUCUGCGAUCUAUGCACACAUACACACCCCGACCGUGGAGACUUUGGCCGACAUAUGAGAAUCGGUGCCCUACGAACCGGAUUCAAGAUCGUCAGUGCAGAUCCAGAGAAUGAUCUCCAUUGGUAUGCUGUGGAUGGAGCCGGCAAUGAAUACAUGGGUGAUAUCGUUGCCUGCACCAGGAACAAGGAGAAAGGCGGGAAACGCGUGCAGGUGCCACAUCCGCCGCCUUGUGGGCCGAGGAUCGUGGCGUAUGAGAGGCCGCAACGGCGCCGAGCGAGGAUUGCGGCAAAGACAAAGGCGAUCGCUGCCAAGUCGAGGGGAGCAGAAGGAUGA